AUGUCUUAUGCCAUCCGAGCAAGAGAAAAAGCUAGGACUCCAGAUGUGAUUGGUAGUACAUUCUAUCUUUUUGAUGUUACUGUAUAUGUAUUGAUUAACCUUGGGUCUACGCAUUCUUAUAUUUGCACCGCUUUAGUAACAGAAAAGAAAUUGCCUAUUGAACCUAUCGAUUAUGAUAUUCAAGUUACUGAUCCAUUAGGCCAAAGUGUAAUAGUUAAUUUAGUGUGCCGUAAUUGUCCAUUGAAAGUGAAAUGCUGUGAAUUUCCUGCUGAUUUGAUGUUGCUACCCCUUUGGGAAUUUGAUGUUUUUCUAGGAAUAGAUUGGUUAUCGAUGUAUGAUGCUAUAAGUUUUGAUCAGUUGAAGAAAAUGCUGAAAGAAGCUCCGGUCUUGACUCAGCCAAAAUCUGGUGUACUGUAUGUUGUAUAUAGCGAUGCGUCUCUAAAUGGUUUGGGUUGUGUGCUAAUGCAAUCAGGAAAGGUAGUGGUCUAUGCUUCUCGACAAUUAAAGCAGCACGAGAAGAAUUAUCCUACACAUGAUCUUGAAUUGGCUGCAAUCGUAUUUGCUUUAAAGAUUUGA